ACCAUCUUGGCUUGGAACCCUCAUUCUUAUCUCGCGGCUAUGUUAUUACCAACAAACAUCGGGCGAUUUUAUCAUUCGGAAAGCAGAACCACAAGGCUACAACCUGCGCUAUCAGUAAUGGAGGUCACCGUCAAUCACUCCGCGUACCCAAAUGAUCCCAAGGCUCCUUGGAUUAAAUUUUUGGUGUUUUGUUCAAGUCUACUACAGAGACUAGCACGUAUUAGAAGCAUACAUCGUUUUCUAACAGAUCAAGACCUAACAACGCUUCGGUGCUCUAUGAAGCUAUAAACAAAACAAACUAACAAAAAAGUAUCUCAAACAAUCAAGAAUACAGCUCGAC